UCUGAAUCCCCUUGUCCUUGGUUCACUUAGUAAUAUAAAGAACUGGGGAAAUAUGGUUGACACCCAAUAAUCUCGGUCCUGCAGGGUAUGACCGUGUGAAGACGUCACCGGUUACAUUACCGAUGAUCAAAACAUAAAUCAACGUCCAACGAGUGCCACUAAGGAGAAUUGGUUAAAUGCAGGUAGCACAAGUUCCAAUCUACAUUCUCGCUACUUAAUAUUUUCAAAGUCGACAUAAUCUUGCGAACAACAUCUCCUCACGCUUCGCCCAUUCACAUUGAUUAACCAGAUUCCGAUACAACAUGAAUCCAAUCUUGCGCAGUGGCUCCAUAUUGAGGGUAGCCAAUUCGUCGAUUCCUUCCCUCUACCGUUCCCGGAAGGUCACUCCUCUGUCAUGGCGGACUUACGCUCAGAGUUCCUAUGGCGGGGAAGGGGAGACUGAAGCUCAACAGCCGAACAACCCUCGGAAUACCCCAACUCGGGACAUUGAACAUCCAGGGCCAUCUGCCCCAGAUGUCAGCAAGGGCUCAACAGCAUCUUCACGCUCUCAGCCUCGAUCUACUUCGACAUCCCAAGAAGAUCGAGAUAAGGAAGAUUCAGAAGGCAACGUGCGGUCAGAUGUUCCUAAUGAUGUAAAGAAACAUAACGAAGAGAUGGAGCACCGGUAUGAUCGACCUUACAAUCAACUAGGGAAUGAAGGGAAGCCACCGAAGGGGUUUUGAGAAAGGCCACAAGCUUGGACGAGUGGUGUGGUUUGUGGCGAUAUCCCUUGCCGUCGGAUGGAAUUGGGAAAGUUACUAUAUGAUUGAUUAACGGACCGAGGUUCAGAAAAUGAAACUAUUUGAAAAUGUUAUCUGGCGGAUUAUAAUAGUUAGGCUUCUAAUUUACGGUGUAGACCCGAGCGCGCAAUAUGUUUUACGCCCCAGGGCAGGGCCUCAG